AUGACGAGUGCAGAGCAGAUCGCCGCGCAAAUAUUGAGCUCAACGUCUCUUGCUGUUUCGCCUACCUGGCUCAACGCCUUCAUGGCAAAUGCACAGCGUAAUAUACCUCUGUCGGCACUCACCAAAACGGCCCUUUUUCGCGUGCUCGCCUCGGAUAUCCGAGAGUCUCUAACGACUGGUGCAACCUCUGUCUUUCCCGUGGAUAUCUCGGACCCAAAUGUUGAAGAAAGACGACUUCUAGGCUCUAUUCCUGUUCAGGUCCUAGUUAUCGAAGAUAUAGGAUCGAGUCUGUGGAGCCAGGUUGAGGCCAUCGAACGCGUCGAACGUGGCGAAGCAAUACGUGGGCGUGAGAUCAUUCGCACCGUCAAUGUUGAAGGUGAUGGCCAGGAGAGAGAAAAUGGCAGCACGAACAGUGCGAGCACGGCUGGACAUCCCAGCGCAUUCGGAAGCAAUGGCAAUGGGCCUCAUCGGCUAAUCCUCCAGGACGCCAAAGGCACGAAUGUAGCUGCCAUUGAGAUGCAGCGCAUCGAAGCCAUAUCCGUGGAUAAGAUACCCAUUGGCAGCAAGUUACUGUUGCGUAAUGUGACUGUCGCACGAGGUAUGAUUCUGCUAGAUUCGGGGUGCUGUACACUACUUGGCGGCAAGAUCGAAAACCUCGACAAAACCUGGAGAGAGGGAAGAAAGGCCAGACUUCUGCAGAGGAUUGAUUCAAUGGCAAAUGAAUCUUGA